AUGUGGUUUAAUGAACGAAUUCAGAAAAAGAAGAAGAGUGCAACAUAUAAAUUUACUAUAUGUUGUUUGCAGGGGAAAGUGAAGCUACCCUUACUUAACCAACCUCCUCCAUUUUUGAUAUAUCUCUUCUCGAGUGAUGAUGAAAUUUGUCGCCAUUUUCGUGAGAAUAUCAGAGCUUACAACAUGAUGUUUUCUUUUACAUCUAUUGGUGGAAAGAUAAAUUACGAUAUAAACAAGGGUCGUGGUCCACCCGUAUUCCAACUACAUGGUGAAAAUUAUCACUUAAUUGGUUCUUUGAUUCCUAAGAGGAAAGAGAAUCCAAAGUUCUGUCAGUUGUAUAUCCAUGAUACAGCUAAUGAGAUAACCAACAGAGAGAAAUCAAUCAGAAAGAAUGUCUCUAACUCGACCAAGUUAAGGCCGGCAUUAAUUGAAUGUCUCAUGAAGAUGUUAAACUUUUGUAAUCCAAUGGUGAAAGCUUUCCGUUCCUACAAAGACAGAUACAAUAUUCAACAACCAGAAGACAACUUCAAGUUAGUUCUCAUUGCUAACAGGAAUAAAGAUGCUAGAACACAUAACAUGCCAACAUCCACAGAAGUUGCAGCAUUGAUUCCGGGAGAUUUUCAAGAAGGAAUGGAUUUACGAGAUAUUGUAUUAGAGACUACACACGGAAACCUCAGAAGAAUUAGUGAACUCUAUGUGGGUUAUCUAGCUCUUCAGUAUCCAUUAUUAUUUCCAUAUGGUGAGGAUGGAUUCACCGUUGGAAUUGAAGACGGUUUUGAUGACGGCAACAAACGGAAACGGAAGACUAUAAGCAUGCGAGAAUUCUAUGCUUAUAGGAUUCAAGAUAGGUUAAUGGAAUAUCAGUCCGUAAUUCGGUCUAAACGAUUGUAUCAACAGUUUCUGGUUGAUGUGUUUACUAUGAUAGAGUCUAGCCGACUUCGAUAUUUCAGGAAAAAUCAGAAGAAGCUUCGUUCAGACAAGUAUGUGAAUCUGGUUGAGGCUGAAAAGGAAGGAAACUCUGAUUUAUCCAACAGAGGUAAGAGAAUUUUGAUACCUGCAUCAUUUACCGGUGGUUCACACUAUAUGAACAAUAAGUAUUUGGAUGCAAUGGCAAUCUGUAAGCACUUUGGAUUUCCUGAUCUUUUUAUAACUUUCACCUGCAAUCCAAACUGGCAUGAGAUAAUUAGAUAUACAAAGAAGCGAAAGUUGAAUCCUGAAGAUAGACCAGAUAUCUUCUGUAGGAUAUUCAAAAUUAAGCUAGACAGCCUCAUGAGUGAUCUCACUGAAAAGAAUAUUUUCGGAAAAAGUGUUUGUGGUAUGUAUACUAUUGAAUUCCAAAAAAGAGGUCUUCCACAUGCACAUAUUCUACUAUGGAUGGCUGAAAAAAACAAAUUGUCUACUGCUGAAUCUAUUGAUAAGGUUAUUUCUGCUGAGAUUCCUGACAAAGAUACUGAUCCUUCUUUGUAUGAAGUAGUGAAGCAAAACAUGAUACAUGGACCUUGCGGAGUGAUUAACAAAAGUAGUCCAUGUAUGGUCAAUGGGAAGUGUUCUAAGCAGUUUCCAAAGAAAUAUUGUGAAAGAACUACCAUUGACAACAGAGGCUUUCCACAUUAUAUGAGAAGGAAGACUGGCGCAUUUGUUGAGAAGAAUGGUCUAAAAAUUGACAACAGUUUUGUUGUGCCUUAUAAUAGAGAGCUAUCAUUGCGAUAUAGAGCUCACAUCAAUGUGGAAUGGUGUACUCAGGCAAGGUCAAUCAAAUACCUGUUCAAAUAUAUCAACAAAGGACCUGAUCGUGUUCUAGCUACUAUUGAAAAUGAUUUAAAUCAAGGCGCAGAUUCUGUAGCAUGCGCCAAUGUAGAUGAAAACGGCGAGGAUACUACAGAUGAAAUUAAAGAGUUCUUCGAUUGCAGAUAUGUUUCUUCAUGUGAAGCUACAUGGCGUUUGCUAGCAUUUCUAAUCCAUUUUAGGACAACUCCAGUGGAGAAACUCUAUUUUCAUAUAGAAAACGAGCAAUCAGUACUUUUUGAUGAUGAUGAUCUAGUUGAAACUGUUCUAAAUCGCAGGUCAGUACAGAGCUCAAUGUUAUUAGCAUUUUUUGAAGCUUGCAAUAAGUAUCCAGAAGCUGAAAACCUAACAUAUGCUGAGUUUCCUACAAUGUUUGUUUAUGAUCGUACAAAUAUUGAAUGGAAACCAAGGCAACAGAAAAAUAGGUUAGAUGUUGGUAGAAUAACCUAUUUACCUCUUAAAUGUGGCCAAUUGUACUAUCUUCGUGUUCUACUCAACCGACACAAAUGUCCUAAGGGGUUUGAUGAUUUGAAGACAGUUGAUGGUGUUUUACUUCCUACAUACAAAGAUGCAUGUUAUGCAUUGGGUUUACUAGAUGAUGAUAGAGAAUAUAUAGAUGGGAUUAAUGAAGCAAGCAUGUGGGGUUCUGGUGACUUCCUUCGAAAGAUGUUUUGUGUUAUGCUAUUGACUGAUAGCCUAAUUAAUCCAUUUGGAGUUUGGGAAGAAACUUGGAAUUUGCUAUCUGGUGAUAUUCUUUACAGAAGAAGAUCUUUUGAAAACAAUCCAGAACUGGACCUCUGUGAUGAACAGCUCAAAAAUUACACAUUGGAUGCAAUUGAGACUAUACUGCAAAGCAAUGGUUGUUCUCUUUCAAAUUAUGAUGGAAUGCCUUUGCCGGAGGGUGAUUACAACACAGCUGGUAUCAAUAGGUUAAUAUACGAUGAAAGAAACUAUGAUAGAGAAGAAAUGAAGGCUAUCAUAGAAAACAUGGUUCCUGGUUUAACUGACGAGCAGAUGAAUGUCUAUAAAGAGAUCAUGGAAGCUGUCACAGAAGAUAAAGGAAGAGUAUUUUUCUUAUAUGGGUUUGGUGGUACUGGAAAAACUCAUUUAUGGAAACUACUAUCCGCUACUGUUCGUGCUAGAGGUGAAAUCGUUUUGAAUGUUGCAAGUAGUAGAAUAACAUCUUUGUUAUUGCCUGGUGGUAGAACCGCACAUUCCCGUUUUGGUAUACCAAUAAACCCAGAUGAUGACACUACUUGCAAUAUUCAACCUGGAACAGACUUAGGAAAUUUGGUUGCUGAGUCAUCUCUUAUCAUAUGGGACGAGGCACCUAUGAUGAGUAGAUAUUGUUUUGAAAGUUUGGAUCGUACUAUGCAUGACAUUAUUAAGCGUCAUAAGGAUAAACCAUUUAGAGGAAAAGUUGUUGUGUUUGGUGGUGAUUUUAGACAAAUUUUGCCAGACACUGGUGGAGGAAGGGAAGACAUUGUUAUGGCUUCUAUUGAUUCGUCAUAUUUAUGGGAUGAUUGUAAGGUGCUCAAGCUUACAAAAAACAUGAGGCUUUUGGCUAAUCUUGAUGAAAGCGUAGCAGAGGAAAUCAAAUCAUUUUCAGAAUGGAUUCUUAAAGUUAGCGAUGGUAAAAUUAAUCUACCAAACACCGGAGAAGUUAUGAUUGACAUUCCUGAUGAGCUUCUAAUAAAAGAAUGUGAUGAUCCCAUUCAAUCUAUUGUCCAGGAAGUUUAUGGUUUAAGUUUUGAAGAGCAAUCCGAUCCUCACUUUUACGAUGAAAAGGCUAUUUUGUGUCCAACUAAUGACAAUGUUUGCCUCAUCAAUGAUUACAUGCUUUCUAUGUUGACAGUUGAGGAGAAGACUUAUCUAAGUUCUGAUUCUAUAGAUCCAUCUGAUACAUCUAACCAGGAUAGCAGAGUAUAUACUCCUGACUUUUUGAAUAAUAUAAAGUUGUCUGGUCUUCUUAAUCAUUCUUUGAGAUUAAGAGUAGGAACACCAGUUAUGCUAUUAAGGAAUAUAGAUCCAAAGGCUGGUUUGUGCAAUGGUACAAGGCUACAAAUCACCCAAUUAACUGAUCAUAUCAUCGAAGCUAUUGUUUUAACUGGUGACACUCAUGGUCAGAAAGUUUACAUUCCAAGGUUAAAUGUCGCACCUCCUGAAGGAAAAUUUCCAUUCAGAAUGCGAAGAAGACAAUUUCCUUUGGCUGUCGUUGCCUUUGUUAUGACCAUAAAUAAAAGUCAGGGUCAAACACUUUCAAGCGUCGGUUUAUAUCUGCCAAAGCCUGUUUUCUCUCAUGGCCAGUUAUAUGUUGCUCUAUCUAGAGUAAAAUCAAAGGAUGGGUUAAAGGUGCUUAUUAUUGACAAAGAUGGUAAAUCUCAGAAACAAACAAUGAACAUUGUAUUCAAAGAAGUGUUCCUGAAGAUAUAG